AUGUAUGAUGCUCAAAUGGAUUCAGGACGUAAUCAACUUCAGAAACGGACUUUUAAGUACUGCACGAAGACUGUGUCUUGGGAGGUAAACCAGGAACAAUGUCCUGCUCCGUUCUCAGGUGUAAUGUAUCUUCCAUUGCAUCGCCAUCAAGCACACGGCGCCACGAAGGUUGAAUUUCGACAUGGGGAAGAUCUGAAUUUCAGAGUCUACCAGUUCUAUAACGAGAAUGUGGACCCAAAAACCUAUGGCGGAGCAAACUAUAUCCCAGACGAUGAUCUAGUACCAGGAAGGCAUGAAUACUUGGGUCUCCCGCAUCGUUGAUUUCCAAUUUCAUGAGACUUUCAUCGAGUGGCGGGCUGUCUCGCUAGACGAGAAGUGAGUCGGCACAGGAACUUGGAAGAUGGACGUGUAUUUCGACGGGACAGUCGAAGGCUGGGUCUCUAAACGUCGUGGUGAUCACAGACGCUAUUUGCACAUCCAUGAAUACACCGGGCUGUAGAUAGCGAUUCGCUGCGUUCGUCCCCAGAAAUCGUAUUCGAUCGUGAUCCUGUAGAAAACCCAUAAUGAUAAAAUACAUCCAAAAAAACAACAGUGAAUAUAGUACAGGAAACG